AUGGCUCGAACCAAACAGUUUGCACGAAAAAAUGCCUCUCUCUGUACACCACCCUCUUCAUCGUCCUCAUACCAAUCCAGAGAGCAUUCUCCCUCUCCACCACCCCGCCCUUCACCACCACACUCAGCUUCCGCCUUUCCAUCUCCUCAAAACAGUCAAGAAGUUCUAAACCUCAUGCCUCUGUCCACCUUUCUUCCACCACUAUACACUCGUCCUACACCAAACUACGCUCAAGUGCCUCCCCAUCUUCGCACCAGAAUCACUCCUCCACGCCGCUCCAUGCGCGUCCAGUCUGGUAUUGGUACAUCAAAGUCCAUGAACCCUAAACCUUUUUACUUCAUCAUUUCAGACUCUGAGAGUGAUGACUCUUCUGAAUCGGGGCCCCCAAUAGAAAAAUCACCAACACAAACUGAACCACAAAGACACACGAUGCCUACAGUACCAACACCUUCACCACAAAAUCCACCAACGACUACUAACCCUUCGACACCCUCAAAAUCGGCUUUCUCUUCUGAACCUUCACACGCAACUCCUCCCCAUCAAAAACGGAGAUCGUUAAAUGACAUCGUUUCUCCUUCUCCAAACCAAAAAGAACCACUCUCUCAACCAAAACCACAACCUAAACCCAUGAGAACCAAAAACACAAUCACUAUUGCUCACACCAUACGGAUGCUCUUGGAUGGACCUCUUUCUUAA